GGCAGGCAGGGCGCCCCUCCGGCCAGCGUGCCCGCCGCCUCCGCCGCGAUGCUGCACUCCCUGGGCGCCCACACCUUGCAGGCGCUGACCCAGGUGGCCGCCUGCGUACUGCUCCUGCCCCGCUUCCUGCUGACGGCCGUGAUGCUCUGGCUGCUGGAUUUCCUGUGCAUCAGGAAGAAGCUCUUGCUGACGGCGGCGGCGGCUGCAGCCCAGGAAGGGGAGAAGGCCACCCGGGCCCCCCCUCCCGACGACCCGCCGCUCUGCGUCUCCGACUCCAACCGCAUGUUCACGCUGGAGUCGCUGAAGGCCGUGUGGCACGGGCAGAAGCUGGACUUCUUCAAGGCGGCGCACGUGGGCGCGCCGGCGCCCAACCCGGAGGUCGUGCAGCUGGACGGGCGGACGCGGUUGCGCCUGCUGGACUAUGCCCGCGGCGGGCGGCCGCUCGUCCUCAACUUCGGCAGCUGCACCUGACCGCCCUUCAUGGCCCGCCUGCGCGCCUUCCGGCGCCUGGCCGCCCGCUUCCUCGACAUCGCCGACUUCCUGCUGGUCUACAUCGAGGAGGCGCACCCGUCCGACGGCUGGGUCAGCUCCGACGCCGCCUACGACAUCCCCAAGCACCGGUGCCUGCAGGACCGCCUCAGGGCCGCCGCCCUGCUCCAGGAAGGCGCGCCGGCCUGCCCCCUGGCCGUCGACACCAUGGACAACGCGUCGAGCGCCGCCUACGGGGCCUACUUCGAGCGCCUCUACAUCAUCCAGGAGCGCAAGGUCAUGUACCAGGGCGGCCGCGGGCCCGAGGGCUACAAGAUCGCCGAGCUCCGCCGCUGGCUCGACCAGUACCAAAGCCGCCUGCAGAACAACGGGCCCAGCACUGUGGUCGUCCAGGUGUAAGGCGGCCCGGCGCCGGGGAGAGACCGUGGUGGGAGGGGGCUGCGGGGGGGAAGGCCCUGCCGCCGCCUGCCCAAGCGGGGCUCUUGCACCCUGCAGGCCCCUGGGUGAGUUUGCAAUGCAAGACGGGCCCAGAGACUUAUCGAAUCAUGUUGAUUUGCCCAAACUCCUCUCCUUAACGUGCCGUUCCAAAAUGCGUUUUGUUUUUCUUUGGGUCGUGUGAAUGCCUGCAGAUCUCUCUCGGGCAGGGGAGGGAGGCAAGAUGCAGUGUUUACGGUUUUUGUUAAAAAGAAAAAAGGAAGUUUCCGGUCCAUGUGGGUGCGCACGUGUCUGUGUGAGGGUGUGCCCCCAGACCCGCCUUCUGCCCUGUUUGUGUGUGCGUGAAUGAGUCUGAGAGAAGAUUUUUUGAAUUGUCCAGGUGGUCUUCUGCCGCCCUUGGCUGGCCUUUCUAGCGUCUCUUUGUGACGACCGGUUUUGAAAUGGUUCAUCCGAGGCCAGGAAAUCGAGUCCGAUGAUCCGAGAUACUAGAAUCGCCGGGGGAAAGGGGGGAGGGGCUGCGAAGAGCGUUUUAUUUAUGUGAUUAUUUGAAUUGGUUCGUGGGACACUUUUGUAAGGUGCUCAUUUCUGUGUCUUUUUUAUGAACUUUUUAUAACAUUAUUAAUAAAAUAAAAAAGUAUUGGAUGAAA